UUCAUUUCAUAAUAAAAAUGUUGCCAGGUAACCAAAAAGUCGUAUGUUUUUGUGCGAAUUACGAUCAUAAUCUUUACGAUCGUACAUUAAAAAAUAGACAAAUAAUAGUAUGAGUACGAUUUAAAUCGUAUAUCUGUCAACCCUGCUAGCAAGACAGCGACAAAAUCACGUUGCAUAACAAUGUAGCCCAAGCUUAUAUCUUAUGAAAUAUACGGAAGAGAUACGGACUUAGAAAAAACAGAAAUGUUGUUCUUUGUGGAAGUCAUUGAUGAAAUUCUAUGUAUUUUAGCCCGCAAACUUUCUUCAAACAAAAACAGCGCCAUCUAGUAUCGAGUUCUGUAAUUAUCUCUUUGUUUAUGGAUUUGAAGUAAGACCGCCACGCAUGCAAUACAUUAUGACUGGGGAUUCCCCUAUUCGUCGACGCUGAAUAUGAGGCGACGACAAUCACUGUCAAACGUGUUCACUAUUACUCUGACUCUGGUAACGUGACUUCCUGGUAACGUGUUAGGUAGGAAAAGCAGUAAAAAAGUGCAUAUUAAGGGAGCAGAUUUGAAAUAAUAUUUAUACUUAACAAGAAAUAAUUAAAGGUUCAAUGGGGAGACCUAAAGAUUUACGCAUAUGGGAGCACUACCGUACUUUACCAAACAAGUCUGUUUCUUGCAAGCUUUGUAAUAAGGUCUACAAAUUCAGUAAUGCUGCCAAAAUGCUUCAACAUCUUAUCACUUGUCCAAAAUCUCCAGAAACAUUAAAAGACUCUAUGAAACUUAUAAAAGAUAGCUCGUCCAAAACCAAAAUGUCUGGACUGUCAGAGAUAGAGACAAAUGAUUCUUUUAUAAGCCCCUCGUCGUCUGCUAACACUACAAUAAAUGCUGAGUUUCAAGACACCGAUGAUCAUAUAAAAACAGAAUUAGCGAGAGCUAUAUUUGUAACAGGGACGCCAUUAUCGAUGGUGCAACAUCCUUUAUGGAUACAAUUUUUCGAAAAAUUGCAACCAAAAUUUAAAAUACCUUCACGUAAAGCUUUAGCGACAAAAUACUUAGAUAAAAUAUAUAGAGAAAUGCGUUUUGAGUUAAAUGAGGAAAUAAAUGCUUGUAGUUACUUACACCUUCAGUGCGAUGGCUGGUCUAAUUUAAGAAAUGAAGGAAUAAUAAACUUUCUUAUAUCAAAACCUCAACCUGCAUACGUUAAAAGUUUGAAUACAGAAAGUAAUCCUCACACUAGUGAAUACCUUAGCCAAGAAGUUGAAAAAGUAAUGAAAGUGUAUGGAGCAAAUAAGUUUCUUGUACUUAUUGGCGAUAACGCUAGAAAUAUACAAAAGGCAUUCGAAUUAACAAAACUCAAAUAUCCACAUGUUGUUCCUCUCGGUUGCUGUGCACAUAUCCUUAACUUGUUGUGCCAAGAUAUUGUAAAGAUACAAGAAGUAACUGUGUUUAUUAUGCAAGCCAUAAAUAUAAUAAAAACUGUUAAAAGGAGUCAACGAUUAAGUUCCUUGUUGAUAAAAUCAAGGCAGGGUGAAGAUUCUACACAAACACUAAAAUUGCCUUGUGCUACAAGAUGGGGAAGUCAUGUUACUUCGUUAAAAAGUUUGAAAGCAAAUAAGAUAGCUUUGCAAAUAUUAACAGUUAGAGAAGAUGUGGUAAUUUCAAGAGAUAUUAAAGAUUUAAUUCUAAGUGAUGAUUUCUGGACGAAGACAGGGGAAUGUAUAAGUAUUUUGGAACCAGUCACUGAAAGCAUAUUUUACUUAGAGAGCGACCAGAAUCGUUUGCAUCGCACAUACAUUACAUUUAGAGAUGUACAAGCUAAGAUACGUUUUGCAUUAAAUGAGAUUUCGACAUUGAGCGAAGAAAGCAAACAGCAGAUUCUAACAUCAGUAUCUUCAAGAUGCAAUAUGGCAAUGAGGCCAAUACAUUUUGCAGCAUAUAUUCUAGACCCCAGGACUCUAGGAGUCGAACUUACUCAAGAGGAAGAACUUAAGGGUAUGGAGUUUAUCUACAAUUUAAGCCAACACUUAAGUUUGUCAAAUGUAAUGGCAGAUUUGGCGUGUUAUAAAGCUAAAGAAAACUUUUGGGCCAGAGGAUUUGUAUGGAGCUCAUUAGAUAGCAUUGAGCCCCUAAUAUGGUGGAAAGGUAUUUGUGGUUCCACUGAGUUAAGCAAAGUAGCGAUUCGUAUUCUAUCAGCUCCCUGUACUUCGGCAGCCACUGAGCGUUCCUUUAGUAUCCAAGGCUACAUACAUAAUAACAAAAGAAAUCGACUUACAACUGAAAGAACUGAAAAAAUUUCAUUCAUUUGUUAUAACUGGAAUCUUAAACAUAAAGCUGAAUGCGAGGACAUUCAGUUUAAUGAAGAAAAUACCUUAGAAGCUUUCAUUGAGCAAGUAAAUGAACAUAACAGUUUAGACGAAAUAGAGCCUAUCGAACCUAUACAAUUCAUCGCUUGUAAUAACUCUGAAUCUGACAGUGAUUGACUGUAGUUUUACAUUUUACUUUCAUCUCUUUCUUAAUAAACUCAAAAUCAAAUUAAAAGUUUUUUAUUCUGUAGGCUGCAUAAUAAUAUUGUCUAUGUCCAGUAUAGUGGACGUCUUGCGGCUGAGAUGACGAUGAUGAAGUACAAAAUCAUAAACACCCAAAAAUUUGGGUGUUUAUGGGGUUUAAACCCAAUAAACCCAAAACACCCGGUUUUUACCCACCAGACUUUAAACCCACCCAGGUGGAUUGCCCAUCUCUAACCA